GGACCCAGCAUCGGUGACACCUCUCCUCCUCCUGCUCAGCAGCUCCGCGGCGUUCACGGCCCCGUUUCUCCGGCACGGCGCCAUCAUCAGGUGGCUCUUCAGUCUGCAGGAGGAUGGUCCGGUAACAUGUCAGGAGUCGACAGCCAGAGGUGACCCCGAAACCAGGGUCAGAACCAGAGCAAAUGCAGACACUGCGGAGCGUCUCUGUGGCCAGUUUGGCUCAAGUUUUCAGAUUGUCCACAAGACGAAAGAGCACAGGAGGACGACCUUCGGCUCCACUAGGUUCACGGAUUCUCACCGAUGCUGACGACAUCUUUAAGCACAACACAUGGGAUCAUGUACAGUGGACGGAGGAAGACAAAGAGAAUGCACGGCAGAAGACACAAGAAAAUUCCUCUGUACAAAUUCCUUUAAAGGAACAAGGUAAAUUUGACACAGAAGCUGACCGGUACUGGGACAAGUUUUAUGAAAUACACCAGAAUAAGUUCUUCAAAGAUCGCAAGUGGCUGAUUUUAGAGUUCCCAGAACUGCUUCCACCAGAUAGAAAAAGCCAAGUUUCAACCAGGCGACGAGUUGACCCGCAGACAGAAAUCCUACCUACUGGAUCCAGCAUCAGCCAGCACCCAGAGACCAGACACCAUUCACACAGUGAUGUCACUCCCCAUCACAGACACAUCUCUGACUAUCAGGCCUGUCCGGGAGGAUCACUCGAACAAAAUGAAGAUGUCGUACAGACUUCUACUUUCCCUGGACAACAUGCAUCUUUCAGAAUCUUGGAGGUUGGAUGUGGGGCUGGUAACAGUGUAUUUCCCAUUGUUAAUUCCAUAAAAGAAACAGAUGGAUUUUUAUACUGCUGUGACUUCUCUUCACGUGCCAUUCAGAUGGUUAAAACCCAUCCAGACUAUGACGACUCUGUGUGUCACUCCUUUGUCCAUGACGUACGUGAGGAGGCGGCCUCUUUUCCCUUCCCUCCGCAGAGCCUGGAUGUUAUUCUGGCCGUCUUUGUGCUCUCCUCUAUUCAUCCAGAGCGAUUGCAAGGAGUCGUGAACCGACUCUCUACAUACCUGAAACAUGGAGGGAUCUUCCUUUUCCGCGACUAUGGAAGAUAUGACCUCUCACAGCUCAGGUUUAAGAAGGGACGGUGCUUAUCAGAGCAUUUCUACACACGUGGAGAUGGAACCUGUGUUUACUUUUUCACAAAAGACGAAGUCCAUGAUUUAUUUUCCAAUGCUGGACUGGAGGGAGUUCAGAAUCUGGAGGACAGGCGACUGAAAGUGAACAGAGGAAAGAAAAUUACAAUGCACCGGGUUUGGAUGCAGAGCAAGUACAGGAAGCCACAUCCACCUCCGUCAUCCUGACAUCCCACCAUGCAGAGCCAACUAUAUGCCUUUUUAUGAACUUCGCUGUUUAUUAACUGAAUCCUGAUAACUGCAUUUUUUUUUUCAAAUAAGUAUGUAUACAGCAACUUUUAGUCAAGCUAUAAAUAAUGGAAGCAAGAUAAAGAAAAGUGUUAUACAAGAUAAAAAGGCUGAACAGAAAGUAGGUCAAUACCUCUUGCUGUUGAUUGAUUAGAUAUCGGUCACAAUGUUAAGUUGUUAUCUCACAAAUCUGACCUCAUUGUACCUCAUUGAGUUAUCUGGUGCGUAACAACUUUUAUGUAAUUUUAAAUUUUGGUAUAAAAACUCAAAUGCA